AUGAAAUUGGACACAUUGCCCAUCCUUCAAAUAUCGAUUUUUCUCUCUCUAUUCUUGCUAACAAUUUGCGGAAAAAAGAAAGUGAAAAGUAAGGAGAGAAGUCGAGAAUCGACGUCAUCCCAGACCAAAACGAAACCCGCGAAACCCGAAUCGCCUGAUCCGAAGUCGCCGGCUCCGCCCCCUGAUACACCGAGGGCCGAGAAAGAGGAGGAGCCUGACGAGGAGGAGAAGAAGGUGGAGAGUAAGGAGAAGUCGAAGGAAAACGAUAAGGAGAAGGAGAAAUCGGCGAAAAAAUCGAUUAAAAAGUCGAAAAAAUCGAUGAAAUCGAAAAAGGGCGAGAAGCAGGCUGAAGGCGACGAUGGAUACGAGAAUUGUGCGGAUAUGUCUGCGAGUGAGCUGAGAAAGAUCGCCGAUGCCGUAUAA